CACUGCUCUGCACAUCCACUUGAAGAGAAGUUCUUCAAGCGAAAAAUAACAUGGGCUAAAGGUACCGUUUUUGCUUCAGCGAAGUGGAAAGAUGCGUCUGCUUUUUAGCAACCCCCUGCUGCUGCCACUGCUAUGUCUGGAAAUUUUGGGUGCACAGCAAGUUAUCAACGUUCGAGCGGUCCUUUCUGGGGUGUCGAGUUUGUCGUCGGUGCGACUGUCACUGAGGUCCCGACGCGUAUACGUGGUGCGUUGCUGCGGUGGACGCUCUUGCCUUGAGACCAAGCCACGUAACGACACGGAGAUCGUCUACCAAUACCAGGAAGACGACUACGGGGAGGACGGCAACGCGACGACAAGCGGAGGGACGUCGAAUGCUGCAGAGGAAUUCACAGACACAACCAGCGGGGAGGAGACGACAGCCUCCGCCGAAGAGACCAGUCCAUCCGAGGAAACCACCCCCACGGAAGGCGAAACUACCCCUGAGGCUGAGACAACGAUCGGCGACGGGACGUCGGCCUCCAACGCAGCCCUUCGUGUCGCCCCUGACGCCAGGAACAUGCAGGCACGCCUGCUGCACUUUGUCAAGGCCCUACCCCCUUCUACUGAUAAGGCUCCCACUUCUAGGGGGACGCCUCCAGCUGUGAUCACCACUUUGUCCACCACUACGACGACCCCUCCAGCAACCUCCCCUCCUACGUCACCUGCGUGGGAGCAGUCGACGACAAUAGCAGUCCUCAAGGCGUUGCUGGCGCCACCUUCGACGCCACCAGGGGCCACUGAGCGCGUCGCCUCUCUCCAUGAUGCCCUCCAAUUCACCCCUGAACCCCUUUUCAACCCACUCGCAAAUUGACGAUUGACGUUCCAUGCACCAACUUACCUUAUCCAUUCCGUCUCAUUUAUUUCAACAAUACACACGCCUAAUUGUGCAUUGUUUUUUUUCUCUCUGAAAGCCUUUGGAAUUAUUUUGUGAAUUUAAGUUUAACCUGUGGAGUAGACCUUUUCUUAAUUUAAUGUUACAAUCUGAUCAGAUAUUUGUUUGGAAUCUGAACUUGUUUCAUGUUUAUAUGCAGCAAAUAAAAACGGUGACCUAU